AGAAUAGUAGAUUUCAAUGCAAAACAUGGCGCAUGACCUUCUAAGAACUCUUGAACAUUCCCUACAUCACUGCCUCAACCAUUUUAUAUCUGGAUGAUAACUUGAAACUGAGUGCUACAAUGAUGUUUCACCAAUCAUUAAUAGUAACAAUGUUACAUCUACAAGGAUGAUUAACAAAGUACAGAUAGGUAGAAUUUUCGGUCGUCCAGUGCAUGGGGCUCCAGUCCACCUUUGUGGGGUCUGGGGAAGUUAAGAUGUAUGCAGCAUUAUCCCAUGCAUGUAGAGAGGCUGUUUCGGCGACUUGAACACCGGAUGCCCAGGUCACAAUAGAGUGACCUUACUAUUGUGCUGCUAAGGGCCGGGGGAGGAAAUUUGUUGACAUUAAUGUAUGCUGGUUCCUUUCCACUUAUUAUACUAAUAGAAACUGGGAGGUUGAAUUAUUUUGUUUUGGUGAGAGGUACUGGUUGUGAGAGGCUUGAUGAUUUUUCAUUAGAAUAAAAAUCCAUAGAAAAUUCGCAGAGAACAAAGUGACUGUUCGAACUAAUUAUAACUACAGAAAGAUGGAGAUGUGUCAUUUCUGUUGAAACUCUCGGUUCAUUGUUUCAUAUCCCUGUUUUUAAUGUGGUUCUGUGAAUGUUACGUUUAAUGGGUGCAUCAAUUGUGCAUAAUGAGCUUGAGUAUGGGGCUGAGGAUCCUCCGUUGUCCCCUAGGCUACCAUUACAAAACCAUCACUCUCAAACUGCAAUGCAUUUAACUAAUUCGGGCAUCCCAGUGACUUCAAAUUCAUUUGGUCCAGCAACUGGUGGGCAGACAAUUCGUUCAGGGCAUUCUGAUCAAGUUAAGAACUCUGUCUUCUCGAAUGCCUUGUCCAGCCCUGUUCGUCGGAGCCUCCAGCACUAUCACUUGACUCAGGGAGGUCACUCUUCAAACAAUGUUAUGUCAUCCGGAAAUGGAGCACGAAAUAUUGAAAAUGGAUAUCUUCACCACCAAAACAGAGAUUCCAAUACCCCCAGCUCUAACGAUUCUUUGAUGGACAUGCAUGCUGAUAGCCCUUGUCACGAAUCUCCUUACUGA